AAAAACACCAAAAGCAGCCACAAUGGUAAACUAAAACAAAAUUUUCACUGGUUUCCAUCGAAAUUCACACAGGAUGGUCGUUUUAUUGGUGAGGUGAUGGUUCGUUUUUUCCCGACACGGCGAUGGAGCCUCCUCUUUAGAUCACACUACUAAUCUUUCUUUGGUGGUUGGGGGAAAAACUGUACGCACAGGGUGCAGGGUUGCAUGUUAACACAUUCUAGUCACAAAGCCAUCAAACACAAAUGACUAACGCGCAAGCCAAAGAGAAGGUGCGCAAACACGAGUGCACGGUAUGCCAAAAGAAAUUCCUCACAAAGCACGACCUCAAGAAGCACCUACGGGUGCACACGGACGAGCGGCCGUACGUGUGCAAGGAGUGCAACCAGGGCUUCCGGCAGGCCGGCUCGCUCAAGAACCACGUGGCGGCCAAGCACCAGAUCGGCCUGCCGACCCUCCAGACCUACGUCUGCCACUACUGCAACAAAGAGUUCCCGGUGAAGGAGCGCCUGCGUCUCCACAUCCGCAUCCACACUGGGGUCAAACCCUACCAGUGCCGGGUGUGCCCGAAGACCUUCGCCCGCGGCGGGCAGCUGGUGCAGCACAUGCGCACGCACACGGGGGUCAAGCCCUACACGUGCAGCAUCUGCAAAGCGGCCUUCACGUGCUCGGCCAACCUCAAGCUGCACAUCAAGGGCCACCUGGAGAUCAGGGACUACGUGUGCGACAUUUGCGGGAAGAAGUUCUACCGGAGGGACGCGCUGAAGAAGCACCUCACGUGCUACCACGGCAACCUGAAGGCCUUCCACUGCAAGAUAUGCAACAAGCAGCUGAAGGGUCACCUGCCGCAGCACAUGAGGGUGCACAAGAAAGACAAACCGCACGGGUGUGGCCACUGCGGCGCCAGGUUCGCGCAGCGGUCGCAGCUGACGGUGCACCAGAGGAUACACUCGGGGGAGAAGCCGUACAGGUGUCAGGUCUGCUGGAAGGCCUUCGCCCACUCCACCGCGCUCAAGCUGCACAUCCGGCGGCACACCGGCGAGAAGCCCUUCGUCUGCGUCCUCUGCGAGAACGUGUCUUUCUCCCAACUACCGCACCUCAAGAAGCACAUGCUCUGCAUCCACAAGAGCUCGAAGCCGUACGUGUGCAGCUUCUGCCGGAGCUUCCACCAGACGAAGAACGACCUCGACGGCCACUACUCCAACUGCAAAGACUACGCCAGCCUGGACAAGAAAGCCGACCUGCAGACGAGCUCGGUGGAGCCGCCCAUGUCCCUCGAGAAGAUGCGCUUCCUGCUGGCCGUCCUGCUCAAGAAGAUCUCGUCGCAGCAGCGCCUGGAGGAGCUGGGCUUCAACAAGCGGCUCAUCGACGACAUCCUCGUGGACUCGAUAGAGAGCUCGGGGCGGGAGCCGUGCAGGGACCUGGGGCUGAGCGUGGCGCAGAAGCUGAAGAAGAACGUGGAGAUCUUGCUGGAGUGGACGGUGCCGAAGCAGUACAUGGAGAAGUUCCGGAACGAACAAAGGUCCACGGAAGAACUUUUAGAGGAAUUAACAUCUUAAUCAAAUGUAGUACAAUGUAGAUGUAGAUGUAGGGUAGCUUAAAGUGACUGUUGCUAUUCUAAGUCUUGUACCCGGUUUUUAGCGUAGCGCUUUCUUUGGGAGAUUGUACCUGGACGGGUAGCAAUGGCUUUUCCGCACUGUUCUUGCCCAAGGUGUAAACCCGAGUACAAAUCAAAACUAGCUUUAACGAAAGCACUCUAUGAUUGUCACAGUACCAAAGGAUGAGCCAAAAGGUUUACUUGUGCAGAGGACGCGUACAACUAGCUUUAUUGUUUUUUAUUUUAUUUUAUAUUUUUUUCUUAGUUUCUAUUUUAUAAGACUACCAAAGAGUUUUUGUUGAAGUAAUUUUAGUUGAGAUUUUAUUUUACACUCUAGGUUCUAGUGCAAUAAUUUUUGUGGCAAUUAUAGACUCGUCUUCUAACUUGUUUGGCAUCACAACUCUUUAUCCAAACUAAUACUUGUGGUGUGAUGAUGUUUAUACAGAACUAUACAGUGGGGGCACUUUAUUUUUUUUAUGUUAGUACGUGCAUUUGUGUUCCUUUUAACCGGCAAUUUGCGGUGCCAUAUUUUUCCACUAACAUGCAAAGAAAACGCGCCACCACUGGCUAAGUGUUAAUCUUUAUAUUUUCUAAACGUAUAGUUUUUGAUGUAAUUAUUGUUAUGGGCCAUUUUUGAUCCCCUCCCACUCUAAAUAAAAGCUUAAAAAUC